CGAUGUGCGGCUAUCUUCGGUGACGUUGUGGCCAUCGAGUGAUCGAAUGUGAGCACCGCGGGAUAUGUCUGUGGACCGCGAGGAAGCAUUGCGGUGCCUGUGUGGUCAUCAUUCGGCUGCAGGUCCUGAAAUUCCGUGGCACCGUCCAUCGUUCGUUUCCACUGCAACGCCGAGAGAAGCAUCUGACGUUGCCUACGGAGAUGACACUGAUGAACGCCGCAGCGCGGUGCACUCACGGAGGCAUUGAAGCUGGCUAUGCGUGCGAUUGUGGUGUUACGGUGACUCGUGAGGGAUAGGCAAAGGGAGGGACGCCGCGAUGGAAUUGGAUGAGGUUAGACGUCUGGAAGCUUGCCACCUCCUUUCCUUUCCUGCAUGUACAACCCUCUCCCAUGCGCACCCCAUCAUGCGACUGACCAUCCGCC